UAUUGCAGGUUAAAUCUUUCUACUGACGGCUGUUGCUCACUACGGCGACCCGUUUGUGUGCGUUUUCACUUUGUUAAAUUUAUUUAUUUAAUUCAGUUUCGAAUUGGAGUUGCUGGUAAAUAGACGCGUUUGUGGAGCACAAUCUCAGAUGCUAGAGUGUGUGUCAGUGUCAAUAGAGCAGAGGAAAUACUAGUUCCAUAUCAACUAAAUAUUUAAAGCGGAAUUUCCUACGUUUUCGCACAGUGUCUAAUAAAUAUGCGGGAGUAGUUUUGCUAAGUCGGUCGGUCGCGUGCGUGUGAAAUUAUGUCAUACUCACUAUAGUGGCUAUAAAUAUCUAAUAAAACAAAAAAAUUACAUAUAAACAAAUACAUUAACUGAAUAGUGUGCAGUGGUACGCCAACAGGAACUGAGUGUUUGGUGAAAUGAUUUUUACCUGCUCGCUGCUCGCAAAAGUAACAACUUUAUAUAGGCACCUAUGCAUGUACCUACCUGUAUAAACAAAUAAUGCUUGUUGGCGUGUAAAUAGCAAAACAAACAAUUAAGUCAAGCAGAUAGACACCGGUUAACACCGGCGUUCAACCUUGAAACUUGCAUCAACUAUCAAAGCCGCUAAACAGCUUUCCAUUCGAGGGCGUUGGAUUAAAAGUUCGUUCCAUUGCCUUUAAGAUACUCAUUGCUCACACUAUUAAAGACAGCUGGAGCAACAAGAGCGACAAAAGACAUUUGGCGACAUUUGCAUUACUUUUAACACACCUCACUGCCUUUUGAGGAAACGCCCGAAAGAGCACAACUGUGGAAUAUUAAGUAUACAUAUUUAUGUACAUACAUACUUACUACAAAAGCCGAAGUUCAGUAAUAAACAAAGCAGCUGUGUGAAAAUUAAUAACAAAAGCAACAAUAUGGCCAGCAAGUGUACUAUUACAUUUGACAACAAUCCGUUGGGGGUUUAUUAUGCCGGUCAGACGGUUUCCGGCGUGGCGGAGCUAAUCACAACAAGGCCAAAAACGAUUAGAUCCAUUUACAUUAGCGUCUGUGGCCAUGCUGAAACCCGCUGGACGGAAAAUGUAACGAAGCAAGACACUGAGGGUAAACCGCAAAAGACCAUUGAAACCUUUUCCGGCUCCGAGUUGUACUACAGUACGGAAAAUCAUGUUUAUGGUCAAAGUGGCGGUUCACAAAUCGAGUUGCCACCUGGAAAGUAUGCUUUUCCAUUUCAAACGACCAUACCACCAAAUUCGCCAACAUCGUUUAACGGUUCCUGGGGACAAGUGCAACAUGAAGUGGCGUUGGUGAUAGAUCGUGUGAUGCGAUAUGAUAACAAAUUCAAGCAGGGUUAUACGGUGAUAUCGCCAUUCGAUUUGAAUCUCAAUCCAGAGCAUAUGAAACCACUACAAAAGAUUGAGGAGAAAACAUUUUGUUGGGGCUUGUGUUGCGGCGGUAAUGGCCCUAUGGUGUUGCAGGUUAAAGUGCCCUUCUCGGCUUAUGCACCUGGGCAGAAGAUACGUUUCCACGCUUUAUUGGAUAAUCAAUCGGAUGUGCAUUGUUCCGAUGUAAAAGUGCGCUUAAUGAAGAAAGUGAACUUCAGCAGCCGCAAUCCGGAAGCUAAACGCCAAGUUGUAGAGAUCAAAGUUGCCGAUAAUCACUGCGGUGAAGUUAUUAAGCAUAAUAAAGCGGAAUUCAAUGAGUAUUUGCAAAUUCCCUCCACCACACCGACUUCAUUGGAGAACUGUAGUCUUAUCAAAGUUAGUUAUACGCUCAAAUUUAUAGCCAAAGUUUCGCGUAUUCAUGGCGAUCUGGUAAUUGAAUUUCCAUUGACCAUCGGCACUGUACCGUUAUAUGCAAGCGCCAAUGAUGCGGGUCCGGUAACAACACAACCUGGCGCUGGACCAGUCUACAAGCGAUUGCCACCACCAAUGUUCGAGGAGGAUGUCCGUAGCGAACAAUUUGAAGAUAACACAUUCCGUCCGCGUUAUCCUGUUUUUCUCAGUGAUGCCGGUUUGCCAUCGACUGGUAAUGGCCUCAACAAUCAGCCUCUACCACCAUCAAAUGGCGUUUAUCCUUCAAAUAUUGCGCCGGCACCGGGUCCUUCGACGCCAGCACCGGCACCAAUGCCAUCAACACCUCAACAUAAUAAUUCACUACCAGCACACAAUUAUACGCUUUCACCAGGUCCAUCUGCAUACCCAGCCUCGCCUACACCAUCUGCUCCGGCUUUACAUAACGCUGCCGCAAGUCCUAAGCCAAGUUCUUCCAACACCGCUGGCGGUAAUGCAGAAGUGCUCGGUUUCAGCUUGCCGCCAGAUUAUGAACCGACACCGCCACCAGCGCCUGGUUCCCAACCUGGUAUUGGUUGGAAGUGAACUUCGAGGGACUUUUUCAAACAUGGAAAUGUUUUUUUUUUGGUAUCCUGUAAUCGGAAAUUCGAAUA